CAUCCAUUGUUGGUCCAAUGUUCUGAAUAAUAUAUUAAUUUGUAAUGUUCUCCAUGCUUGUAUUAAAUGAAAUAAAGUGACCUAUUAAUAAAUCCCUUCCUGUAAUAUAUCCAUCACUUCUUGGUCUGGCAGCAGCUACAUUGUACCAUGGCUUUCUUGGAGGAUGGGAACCACACUGCAGUGACAGAGUUCAUUUUAUUGGGCUUGACAGAUGACCCAGUCCUUAGAGUUGUCCUCUUCAUCAUCAUCCUAUGCCUCUACCUGGUGACUGUGUCUGGGAACCUCAGCACCAUCCUUCUCAUCAGAGUCUCUUCUCAGCUCCAUCACCCCAUGUACUUUUUUCUCAGUCACUUGGCUUCUGUUGACAUAGGCAUCUCAUCUUCUGUCACACUCAAUAUGCUUGCCAAUUUCCUGGUAAGUAAAAAUACUAUCUCUUACCUUGGAUGUGGCAUCCAACUCGGCUCAGCUGCAUUCUUUGGAUCUGCUGAAUGCUUCUUUCUAGCUGCCAUGGCUUAUGACCGCUUCAUAGCAAUCUGCAACCCACUGCUUUAUUCAACAAAAAUGUCCACUCAAGUCUGCAGUCAGUUGGUUGUAGGAUCUUAUAUAGGAAGUUUUCUUAAUGCUUCCUUCUACACCAUUUCCUUCUUUUCUUUUAUCUUCUGUGGGCCAAAUAGAAUCAAUCAUUUUUUCUGUGAUUUAGCUCCUUUGAUGGAACUCUCCUGUUCUAAUGUCAGUGUCUCUGGAGUUGUUAUCUCAUUUUCUGCUGGCUCAGUCAUUAUAACUACACUGUUAAUUAUAGCAGUAUCAUAUUUCUAUAUCUUUGUCACCAUCCUGAAGAUGCGCUCCACUGAGGGCUGCCAGAAAGCCUUCUCCACCUGCACAUCCCACCUCACUGCAGUCACUCUCUACUAUGGAACCAUCGCAUUCAUCUAUGUAAUGCCCAAGUCCAGCUACUCCAGAGACCAGAACAAGGUAGUGUCUUUGUUCUACAUGGUGGUGAUACCCAUGUUGAAUCCCCUCAUCUACAGCCUCAGGAAUAAUGAGAUUAAGGGUGCUCUGAAAAAACAAAUUUAUAAGCAAACAUUUUUAAAGAAUAAUCAGUUGUUUUGUAAAACUUAA